UGUAAUAAUUGUGUUAACCUUUUUCUUUUGUGGGUCGGAUUAAUUUUGUAUGUAAAUACACGGACUAUAGGGUUAGGAAGCUUUGGGUAUGGGGUCGUGUUAUCUGACCACUCGUACGUGGGUUGACGUUGUGGGUUCAGACUUCGUUGUUGGAAAAUUAUACGAUAUUACGCCUAGACAAGUACUGACCGUACAGGUACACCUGGCAGUCGUCUCAGUCUUUGGAUGGCGUGCAGCCGAGGCCGAGCUCGCAGCCAGACAUUCCUCCACACGCGCUGUCAAUCACUUCUGCUCUUUUUGUAUUAUGCUCUGAUGGCAUGGUCGGCUGAUAAACAGAUCCGGGGGGCCGCGGGGGAAUCUCUGGAUGGGUAUGGAGAAAAUGGUGGGGUGAAGUGGAAAUCCGAGCAGGAAAACGGACACCGACCCCAUGAUAAGGCUUGCGUUGGUGUGAAAAUGGCAAAGGGCAUUUGCGAGAUAGUUUUGGAGUUUGGUGCUUCAUCUUGGCGCCAAUCCUGGGGUAAAAGAUGUUGCGCCGCUUCUAUUUGGCCCUUUUGCCUUUUUGUCCAUAGAUCAACGCAAGCAAGACACGCUGGCUGGCUGGGCAUGGCUUGGAACCUCUUGACUCUGCCUGAAACUGGAAGCUCAAGACAGACUGAAUGGCGACGUGGAGGGCUUCUAACGUUGCAUAAAAAGGGUCAAGCCCCCCGGCAUACGUCGAGGCUUCUCUCCGGGGCAAAGCCGGCAUCAUGCCAAAAGACAUUUUGUGUAAGCUGCCUGGAGGAGACGUUACGAAUCAGGCCGAUCAGAGAGAGAGCUUGGGGGCGGUGAGGACGGUGGCUGAGCUUUCACAUUGCCGUGAGAUGAGAUUCAUGAUCGAACGGGAGUUGGGC